AUUAAAUAUAACAAAAAAAAUGAUAUAAUGCCUAAUUAUAAACUUAAUUUAUUAAAUUAAAUCAAUAAAUUAUAAGCAAAUCAUAUCGAAUGCAAUGAACAAUAAUUCCACGAAUCAAUUAAAUCGCCAGCCAAAUCUCCAUUCAUUGAAAGCCAAUUAAUUAGUAAACGCUACGAAAAUUCUUGUUACGUUAAACAAAUGUUUGCUUGGAUUGAAUAUAACAAAAGAGCGUAGCCGAAAUACGAAUGCAAAUUAGAUGCAAAAUAAAUGGGUAAAAUGAGGUCAAGUAAAUACGAUGUUACCACAGUUUACGGUCUAUGCCAAGAUUAUUUACCUCCUGAUGGUGGUGAUUUCAGGUGCAUUAUGUACAGUAGAAGAUUACGUAAUAAUGUCACAGUGUGCACACAACAAAGCCAUACACCUAGCUGCGGAAGGAACAGUCUCAGUGACAGACAUUUCACAGAUACAAAAUAUAACGAUAGUCGGCCUCCCGGACUAUGUGAACAACGAAUUCAAAAUAGCACUGUUCGCAAAAGAAACGCAAAGAUAUUUGUGUUUCAACGACAACUGGAGAUUAGUUGGCAUGAAGGAACUGCGCGCUACCUGCUACUUCAACGAGACCAUCGUGCACGGUUAUUUCGUGUUCCGUUCCGUAGUCGAUCUGAAGCGACGUGUCGGGUUCACGCACCGAGGUAAGCCUGUGGGGCCCAAGAAGAGCGUCAACGAUGCCUGCUACAUGUUCAAUAAGAUCGAUGCCGAGCAGUUUUUCCAUCAGCACACGUUACCAAAAUGGCGCGAGACGGCCGCAAUGAUGGCCAACAGCAGCAGCAGCAAUCACAGCGGCAGCAGCAAUCACAGCAGCAACUACCGCAAAGUCUCGCGCAACAAAAACAAUCGCCACAAAUCGAAUAACCAAAAUCAAAAGUUGCAAGAGCAACAAGCGCAUCAUGGCCAUAAUAGUAGUAGUAGUCUAAGUAGCACUAACAAACAAAAACAACAACAAUUAGCAUUAGUACGAAAACAACAACAGCAACAGCAACGGCAGCAACAUCAGGUGCGACAUCAUCAUAAUGAUCCCUCAAUGCUGGCGCGGCGACAGCAGCGACGCAAACAGCAGCAACAGCAACAACGAGUCACAGCUAGUCCAACGAAACAAACAACUGCCAAAAGUGCAAGAACAACAACAGCAACAGCAACAACAGCAGCAACAACCAAAACGUCGACAACAACACUUGCCAGCAAACGCAAGGGCAGACGAAGAAAGGCGCGCAAGCAAAAGCAGCAGCAACAACAGCAGCAACAACAUCAUCCACAGGAGCUGCAACAAUUGCAGUUGCUCUCCACAGCAACAACACUCGAUGGCAGCACGGACGAUACGUUCGCCGGCAGCAGCAGCAGCAGUAGCAGCAGCUUUUCCACAGGCUACGACGAUGCCUACAGCAGCAGCAGCAGCAGCGAGCCCUGGUCCACUUGGUUCGCCACGCCCACAGCUACAAUUGAUAGCUUUACACCAGAUGCGAGCAGCAGCAGCACAAGCGCCAGCAACAUGCUGCUAACAACAACAGCAGAAGACAGUAUUAAACCGUACAGCAGCAGCAGCAACUAUGAUGCCUGGUCCACAUUUAUCACAGAGCUGGAAACCGAAGCAUCAGAAGCAACAACAACAAAAUCAGCAGCAGCAGGAACAACAACAACAACAAGCAGCGGCAAUGACACCGAAUUGUUACAGUACGAGGCGGAGCUGGUUGAAGAUGAAGAAAAUCAGCUGCAGACCACGGCUAACUAUGAAACCAAAGUAACAGCAACAGCAACAGCAGCAGCUGCAACAGCAACUAGCAGCCAAGUGGCUAAAACUACCUCGACAACAGCAGCAACAACAACAGCUACAACCACAGCAACAGCAGCGGCAGCAGCCGGCACACAAUUGGUGCUGGAACAGACGCCGCUGGCAGCAACACUGGCCACGCUAAUGUACAACAAAUGGCACACAACGCAACAGCAUGGGGCAGAGGCAGCUGCAAGCAACACGACAGCAACAGCAGCAGCAGCAACUGGAGCAACAGCAGCGGCAACAGCGACUGAUUUGGCGCAGAGCACGCAUAAGCUCAGCAGGCAUCGCAACAGCAACGGCAGCCCUAACGAGCAGCAGCAACAGUUGCUGCGGGACAACAACACCAAGCAGCAGCAACAACAGCUACACAAACUUAUGCGCCCGGCAACAGUUGAUACCACAGCCAGCACGCGAUUGCUAACGCCGCCAGCAACAGCAGCCAGUAGUGCAGCAGCAGCGAGCACGGUAACAGCAACGGCGGCAGCAGCAGCAGCUGUUGGUGUUGUUACCACACCGCAGCAACAUAUUGCAGACAAGCUAUUCAGUGUUUACAAGAACAUCAACAGCAAUCUGAACAACAUGCUAACCGAGACGGCACCAACAGCGACAACAACAACAGCUGCUACGACAGCAGCAACAACAACCACAAAGAAAUCGCUACGCAAAUCUACACAAAAGCUACUAGCCACGCCCUAUCAUCAGCUGACCUAUGUGCGCAAUGAGGCGGGCGACAUAGACAUUGAUAAUCUGGACAAUAUUAGCGUAUAUCCCGAUGUCUUCGAGGAUAUCUUAAAUGACAACGACAACAGCAGCAACAGUACUAACAACAGCAGCAGCAGCAGCAAUCCGAGCAGCAGCAAUCCGAGCAGCAGCAACAGUCGUCUGACCUUUGUCAGUGGCUUUCUGGCCACUUCGCCCACAUCCGUGUUGCCCGAAUCCAUACGCAUAGCCAAGAUCAAGAUCAACAAUGAGCGCCGUCGACUGCAGCAGCGCGGUCAGCGGCGACUGCGCAAUUUCGCGUAG